ACUAGUGUGUCGGUGCUAUGCAGAACCACAGCGACUCCAGUUUAAACUCCACCAGCCUGACUACAGCUAACCUGGUCAGCAGUGGCCUGAUGGGUCUUUGCUUCAUGAUUGGAGUUCCUGGUAAUAUUGCAGUAAUUCUUUUCAUACUUCUUCGUUUCAAAAAGGACAAUUUCACCGUUCAUCUGAUGCUGAAUCUGGCAACUGCAGACAUCUUGUGUUUGAUAACCCUGCCUGUGUGGAUCUACAGUGAACUAGAGAACAUUGACCAAGUAACCUGCAAGUUCUUCACAGCACUCGUCUACUGCAGCGCAUACUCAAGUGUGAUAACAGUAACUCUGCUGAGUGUGUAUCGUUGUUUACGGAUUCGACAUCCACAGUUGUGGUCCAGAAUGAGCAAGAGAAGAGAGAGAGCGCUGCUGAUCAGCGGUUGGGCUCUGGCACUGCUUUUCUCUUGUCCUGGUGUACUUACACAAGAGAUCGUUCAAGUUGAAUCCAAAAUGGAGUGUGAAAGAAUCCUGGAAUCAGAAGCCAUACUUAUUGUUGCUCUACUGGAGUCACUGCUUGGAUUUUUUCUUCCUUUCACAAUCAUGUUGACUUCAUAUUAUUGCUUAUACAAAACAGCCACACAGGGAGCAUUCAGACACAGACACAGACCGACUAAACUUGUCACACGGAUUGUCAUAGUUUUCUUAAUUUUUUGGGCUCCUCACCAAAUAAUAAAAUUAGAGGAAAUUUGUGCAGCAUUUUUAGGCUCAGAGCCAGUUCUAUCUUUAAUCGGUGACAUUGCUGGAAUUCUUACAUUCAUCAACAGUUGUGUGAAUCCAUUCCUCUAUGCGUUUUCCUCAAAGAGUUUACAUAAACGCAAACAGCCAGUGGAACCUGGGGUAACUAAAGGCUCACAACAUUUUGAGAGGGAUCAUUCCAUAGCUGUGAGCAGCUCACUAUUAAAGCCUAACACCUUGGACUAAAGAAUUAUGACAUAUCAAAAUAUGCAGUAGAAACUGGACAAUGAUAGAAGCACCUUUUAAAAAUGCAUUUGGAUGAAUUUCAGAUAACUAAAUAUGUAGCACUUUUGAAAGAUAAUUUGAUGAGUUAAUUACUUUAAUGUAUCUCUGAUGCAGUGAGAAGAGAUCCAGGCAAAGUCUGUCUGUAAAAUUAUAUUUUAUUAAAAUCAAUGAUUACAGAUGUAAAAUAUGAAAAUUAAAAAUGGACAAUAUCCAAACUGAAUAUAUUCUGCUGAAAUUCUAAGAGAAUAGACUAAAAUCUGAGUAUAGUAAUCUUCAAGAGCUAAAGAGAUGAAGAUCUUCAAAGCAUGCAAUAAGAGAAAAAGGUAAAGAAGCCAAUGUUAUGAGCAAUAUACAGUAUAGACUAGAGACUUACAUCCUCUUACAGCAUCAUGGAAUGUUUAUGUCUGAUUGAUAAAAUGUCAAAUGUAUUUCAUUAUCUACGUGUUGUCAAA